GCGGAGUUGCCGGAGAGGAGGGGACGCGCGCGGCAGUCGCGCCGGCGCUGGGCGAGGAAGCGGAGCCGGGCCGCUGCCGAAAAUGGCUUUAAAGUUUAAAUGAAGCUGGAAAAAUACAUAGAUGCAGCAUUGCAGCCUCUCCAGAUGUUUGGGGAUAAUAUUCCAGAGAGAAAUUGAUCCCCUUGGAUUAGGUAACUAGUCAUAAUGAAGAAAAUUAGUCUUAAAACCUUUCGGAAAUCUUUUAACUUGAAUAAAAGUAAAGAAGAAACUGACUUCAUGGUCGUACAACCACCGUCACUAGCCAGUGACUUUGGAAAAGAUGAUUCCUUAUUCGGUAGCUGCUACGGUAAAGAUAUGGCCAGCUGUGAUAUCAACAGCGAAGAUGAAAAAGGUGGGAAAAACAGAUCAAAAAGCGAAAGCCUGAUGGGUACGUUAAAAAGGCGGCUUUCUGCGAAGCAGAAGCCAAAGGGCAAGGCCAGCACCACGUCCGGGGGCUGCGCUGACGAGGACACCUUCUCCUGCUCUUCGGCGCCCAUCGUCUUCAAAGACGUGAGGGCGCCGCGGCCGGUCAGGUCCACGUCCCUCCGGAGUCACCACUACAGCCCCACACCGUGGCCUCUGCGACCCACCAACUCCGAGGAGACGUGCAUCAAGAUGGAGGUGAGAGUCAAAGCCCUGGUGCACAGCUCCAGCCCCAGCCCGGCCCUGAACGGCGUCCGCAAGGCUUUCCACGACCUCCAGCCCGAGCCCGCGCGCCAGGAGCAGGGCAGCGCCCUCAAGAGCCCGGCAGCCCAGAAUGGAGACCUGCGCCUGCACCUGGACGAACAUGUGCCUGUCGUUAUUGGACUCGUGCCUCAGGACUACAUUCAGUACACCGUGCCUUUAGACGAGGGGAUGUACGCUCUGGAGGGACCGCGCGGCGGCUGUCUGGACGCUUCCUCCCCCAUGGAAGUCUCCGCACUGCCUCCUCCUGUGGGAGGGAGCUCGUUCCCCGAAGAUGAGAGUCAGGUAGACCAGGACCUGCUCGGGGCCCCAGAGAUCUUCGUGGACCGGGCCGUGAACGGCUUGUUGAUCGGCACCACGGGAGUCGUGUUGCAGAGCCCCGGCGCCGGUCACGACGACGCCCCUCCGCUCUCCCCGUUGCUACCUCCGAUGCAGAAUAGUCAAAUCCAAAGGAACUUCAGCGGCCUCGCUGGCGCAGACGCCCACGUGGCUGAAAGCAUGCGUUGCCAUUUGAAUUUUGAUCCCAACUCUGCCCCCGGCGUUGCCAGAGUUUACGACUCGGUGCAAAGCAGCGGUCCCAUGGUUGUGACGAGCCUCACAGAGGAGCUGAAGAAACUCGCUAAGCAGGGCUGGUACUGGGGGCCCAUCACGCGCUGGGAGGCGGAGGGGAAGCUCGCAAACGUGCCGGACGGGUCAUUCCUCGUCCGGGAUAGUUCUGACGACCGGUAUCUUUUAAGUUUGAGCUUUCGCUCCCACGGUAAGACACUUCACACGAGAAUCGAGCACUCGAAUGGCAGGUUUAGCUUCUAUGAACAGCCAGAUGUGGAAGGACAUACGUCUAUAGUUGACCUUAUUGAGCAUUCAAUCAGGGACUCUGAGAACGGAGCUUUUUGUUAUUCAAGGUCUCGGUUGCCUGGAUCUGCCACCUACCCCGUCAGACUGACCAACCCAGUGUCACGGUUCAUGCAGGUGCGCUCUUUGCAGUACCUGUGUCGUUUUGUUAUACGUCAGUAUACCAGAAUAGACUUAAUUCAGAAACUGCCUUUGCCAAACAAAAUGAAGGAUUAUUUACAGGAGAAGCACUACUGAAAGAUGGAGAACCCUGCAUCUUGCACUUUGGGAAUAAGAAAAAGAGAUUGAAAUACAGUUUACAAACUUUCAUUGCCAUCAAAAUCUUUUGCUGCCAUAACUGUUUCAGUUUUACGUGUGAGUCAUCCGUUUGUUUAGGGGUGGGGACCUGUCUCCAAGGUGUCUUGGGUUUAUUUUGGUUCUUUAAAAAGGGAAGUCCUGAGGUUUUACAAGUGUGAAUUAUCUUUCAUCAAUGUGCAGAAUAAUCACAAUGUGAAUUAUCAGAUUCUCCUUAACGCCCCCAAACCCCCAUUCUUUGCUGCUAUCCACUGUGAUUUUUAUGCAUUAAAAGCACAUUUCAUGUGUAUUCAGCCCUAAGUAAAGUUGAAUGAAACUUAUAAAGUGAAAAUUGCUGUGUCUUUUUAAAUGGCCCAUUUUCAAAAUAUUGUGUUAAAUAAACAUACUGUGUGAGAAAACACAGAAUUUACAUAUACACUGAAAAUAAUUUUUUAAUCUCAUAUUUUAAAAAGAUUUAUUUAGAAUUAUGAGUUGACAUAAUGUUGGGUAAUGGAAUGCAGAUCUGUAACAUGUCUUUUACAACACGCUUUUCUAAAUUAUUGUUAAGGCUGUGCUACUUUUUUUUGGUUGUGAAAAGUUGAGUUUUCUGUUGCCUUCAUUUUCAUCUUGUGGUUUGUCGAUUUUAAUAAAUGGCCUUAUAUGAAAAAAUUGUAAAGAAAUGUAUACCACCAAUUUUGAGAUUGUUGCCUUUUCUGUCAUUAAACUCGGGUACAAAUUGGCAUAACAUAUGAAGAUCUAUGGGACUAGAAUUAAAGAAAUAUUAGAUGAUCAUAGUUUCCUGUGAUAACAUUUUUUUGUGUUAUCUGUGCUUUCCUUUGGUAAAAUGUUUUAUUUGUGAUUUCUUUCGCUUAGUCAACAUUUCUUAGGUGAACUUGAUUGUACAAGUAAUUUUCAUAAAUGGACUGGACUCUCUUGCAACAUUAAAGUUUAUAUAAAGUUCUAAAUUGAUUUGAAUAGAAAGAAAAUAUUGUUUUAAAGUUGGAUUUGUGUUUUUCUUUUUUGUAGUCAGUAUUAAAAUGUGCUAGAUUUGAACACUCCUUCCCCCCACUAAAAACAACCCUCAAUGACUUUAGUUGAAAAAUUGUGGAAAUUGUGGAGCAUCAUGUGAGGAAAAUAUUAAAACCAUAUCAGAUAUAUGGAAGUUUUAUUGCCUACCAUAUAUACUGCCACUUAGAAAUAGGUUUUUUAUUUGCUUCUUUUUUAGUUUAGCUAAGUCAAAUAAUUUGGCAUCACUAGUUAUUUUAUCUGUUUGAGUCAGUUGGGGGUGGGGGGAGAUGUUAUGCCCUGUAAUUUUCAGUUAUUUUGAAAUGCAGAGUGUUUAUUCAUUUCAUGAUUCUGGAAUGUAGUAUUUUAGGAUUGCCCUGUCCAGAAAGUGUUUCCAGCUACACAGCUUUAAAGGAAAAUGUUUCCAUCUCAGAUGAAACAUGUAAUUUGAGAUGUUUCUUCCUUUGUCACUUAAAGUUUUCCUAACUCUUACCCACUUUAAACACAAGCGUUAAAGUCUGGCUUUGUCAUUCAAACAUACUGUAUCCUCACUUUUUUCUCUUUGUUUUUUAGGGUCAGAACUGAGGUAUUACCUAAAGGCACAAUGCCAUAAUAUCACAAUGUUGUGGUAUUUUGACUUAAAGGGGAAAAGGUACUUAAUCUUGGUGGAAUAUUGAUUGUACCUUGUUAUACAGACUCAUUUUCUGAUUUGUUUUCACCUAAUAAGAUGGAAUACGGAGUAUACUGUAAUAAUAUAAUUUAAGUGUUUGCUGUAAGCUAUUUGGAUUAAGAACUAUUGCAGAGUUGUAAGCUUGUUAUCAAAUUAAUGCAAGACAUUUAAACUAUUUUUUUGCAAAACUAUUUAUUUUUAAACAACUUAAAAUAUAUCUAGGGUGAGUUAAAAGUCCCUGUGCAUCUAUAUUAGAUGGCAGGUAUUGUCACAGAGUCACUGUGUAUUACUAAUAAAUGUUGAAAUGGCUUCCCCAUGUCUUCAGCAGCAUUUACAUGUCCUCUGUAUGAGAUCAUGGUGCACAGAGGUCUUUGGACUUGCCCUGAACCCGUCUUAUGUGGACAUAGCCUGUUCCCCGCAUUAUCUCAUAAUGCCAUUUGUUUAAGAUAUACCCAUUUAGUGUCAAGAUUAUUCUGAUUUUCAUCCAAAUGUUUUUAAAACUGUACUUUGUGUGUUAAUGUGGGGCGAGUCUUGAUACUGUUCUAAUUCAGAAAGGCAAUUUUUGAUGUGCUUUUGAGUAUUCCUAAUACGAAAUACUUUAAUACACCCUAUUCUAAUCCAAAUUGAAAUUGUUAGGCUGUGAUAGUGUAACAAUAAAAGUCAAAAUAUUUGCCAAAAUAUUAGAUUUACAAAUAGAAAGGUGUAUUGCAAUAUUUUUCUGCUUUCGUACAAAGAUAAUCAUUUAGCAUAGGUAGCACAACAUAAUGUGAAAGAUUGGCUUUAUAUAAUACUAAAACAGUCUGGUUAAAAGUUGAGAUGGGGAAAAAGGAAAGAAAUCUUCAUCCUGUGGUUUGGUCUGGAUACAAUUUGGUUAAAUUUUUGGAUUCUAUUGAAAGGUAACUUAGAUGAUAUGGACACAACCUGUAAGUAAUUUUUAAAUAUGUGCUUUUAAAAAUCUGAGCUCAAGGCAAGAAAUAGAAAACAGGAAAGCUGUAUUCAUUUGCCAUAAUAAAUGAAUCAGUUGUUUUUUAUCAAAUAUUUUAUCACAAAACACGAUGGAGGCCAGAGGCUAUUUUCAGACUUAGUGGACACUGUUACACAUUUUUAUAAAUAAUAAGAAAGCUAUAGAAAGUACUUGAAAAAUCUCUCUCUGUCUAAGGAAAACUGUUCUCUUUCUACUUGGUGCAAUAAUCUGAAAAUUUAGAAGGUUAAAAAUAUUAUAUCACAGGAAAUGAUCAUAGAACUAAAAAUAGUUUUUAAGGAAACCACCUACACAGGGCAACCAUCUUGCUAUUGAUGAAAAUUAUGUGCCAAAAGGCUAAAUCACUGGCACGUAUGAAAUAAAAUGCAAAGUAUACAUUAUAAUUUCUGAGCCAGUAUUUUUAAAACAGGAUAAAGUUACUAAAAUCUUAGUAAGUUUAUGCAAUGUCUCUGCUAAUGCUACAAGUCUAAAUAUCUUUCUAACAAUGCUUUCAGAAACACCAAUCGUAAUUACUAUACAUUUCACAUUGUAUACGAAAGAUAUUGCUUUAUGAAUGAUUCAAAAUAAUAUAUUUUCCUUUAAUCCUAAUUGCUUUUAUCAGAUAUGAAGUCUUAAUUUGAAAAUGAAAUCACACUACCAGCAAUAGACAAUUUUGAAUACUCUAAUGAGGACAGUAGCCAGUUCCAUAAAUAACUUAAAAAUUAUAAAAGUAUUGGUACGCCAGUAAUCACAAAUUUGGUUUCUUUUAAUACUUUUUAAAUCCUGUAACAGUGAUUUUUUAUAAACAUCCUUUUUAUUAAUCAUAACUUGGCAAAAUGCAUAGUUGCUGUUUCUGAAAAGUGGUCCAAACUCUACAUCCAGAGAUGAUGAAAAAUUCUUAUAGGAUUUUGUAAUAAGUGUUCGGUUAAAGAAAUUUCGUAGUUGUUGGAGUGCCAUGAAAUUAAUACUUGCAAUCCAGAUUGCUGUAGUUUACACUUUUUCUGUAUGUUUCAAAUCAGGUGUGUACCAUUUGUACUGAACACCACAGAAUGAAUUAUCCAAAGUCCA